AUGAGUGCCGCAAAUCUCGUCUCAUGGGGCACCCCGCGUCUCGCGCAACUCCUCCCGCUGGACGGAGAAAGCCUCGGAGAGAUCAUCACGUACUCCGCUACCCUCUCGAAAGAAGAAUGCGCAGAACACCUUAAAAACCUCUUGGGCGAUUCACCUGGAGCUUUCGAAUUCAUCGCAUCCUUCAACUCGCGCCGAGAAGCCCAACAACCAUCAGUACCACGAAGCGGGGAAUCCACGUCGCCGGCAGGGAACAGGAAUGACUACGAGAGAGGUGGCGCAACGAAAAGAGGAGGUAAAAAGGGACGGGCACCGCUACACAGCACAGGUCCUCCGCGCAGACCAGAGAAUUAUGGCAAUGUGACUGGGGGGUACAGGAAGGCUGACCAGGAGGAUGAUUAUAUGUCCAUGGGACGUUCACGGAAUAACAAUGCAGGUGGUGAUGCGGCGUCGUCAUUGUCCGCUGAGCCAGCAGCUUCCCUACGUCCGUCGCCUCGUGAGUCUGCUGCUUCGUCGCGUAACCCGUCCCCCGUUCCGAAGAACAAAGCUCCGCCCUCUGCCUCCGGACCGGUGAUCUCAGAACUCCUUCCGAAUGUCAAGUCCAAGUCCGCUAAACCCUCUCGACAAGGUGGCUCUGCUACCGCUGGCUCUUUCAAGAAUUCAUUGACUACAAGCGAUAUUUCUGACCUAACAGCUGCUAUUGCCGCUUUAGAGGUCUCCACAAACCCGUCGUUGAGUACAGAGCGAAGGAAAUGCACCUGCUACGCCUCGAUCCAUCCAUUGUUUGACCCGGCACCGAACUGCCUUAACUGCGGGAAGAUAAUAUGUUCGUUGGAAGGUUUGCAGCCAUGCUCGUUUUGCGGUACACCACUGCUGUCGAACGAUGAAGUACAAAGCAUCAUCAAAGAACUACGAGCAGAACGGGGACAGGAAAAGAUGCGGGUGCACAAUGAAGGGGUCCAGCGUGAAGGUGGAUCAGGGCCUGCACCUGGACCUGGGGGCUCUUCUGGUCAGCUUGACGCAGCCAAGGCGCAUCGAGACCGACUCUUGAACUUCCAGGCACAGAAUGCCCGUCGAACGCGCGUCGUGGACGAGGCAGCUGAUUUCGAGACGCCCAAUUUGGCAUCAACGAUCUGGAUGAGCCCUGCCCAGCGGGCAUUGGCCUUGAAAAAGCAACAACGAGUUCUACGCGAGAUGGAAGAGAAGGCGCGACCAGAAUGGGAGAAGAAGAAAACCAUCAUGAGUCUGGAUAUCAAGGGCGGUCGAGUGAGGAAAGUUUAUCAUGAGGCACCAGCUGAUUCUGGCCCCUCGAAAGAGGAAGAGGAAGAAGCGAAAGCGGAGGAGAUUCUGGCUGCUUCUGACGGACAGCAACGCACUAGGCAAGACGAGGCGUUCAGUCAUAACCCUCUUCUUGCAGCUGGUGGGUUACUACGGCCUGUCUGGAAGAACAGCUCUGGAGAUAAACCCGAGGCGCGUAAAGAGAAAAAGCCACAGACAUGGCGACGUGUGCAGGAUGACAAGGAUGAUAAUGAACAAUGGAUACUUGAUGGAGGCUUGCAUGGGCAUACAACUGAUAUAUCGCCGGUACAUUGUCAAUCCCCAUAUGGAUGA